UGUAUCAUCUGACUGACCGAAGAGACAUCGGCUGCUCUCAUUGGUGCAGGAGGAGGAGGAGUGGGCGGAGUCUACAGGAAUCAGCCAAUGACAGCGUGAUCAGAUCCCGCUCUGCCUACACGUGUUGCUACACAUUCUCACUCCGAACUCGUCACAUAUGGACGCUUGGUCAGGAUCCCUUUAUCUAUUGAUUGAUUGAUUAUUUGUUCUUAUUUGUUUAUUAAUAAAUCAAUCAGUGGCGCUGACGUCAUUGUAUGGCUCGAUCCCAAGGUCCAAUGCGAUUUUCCACUCGGUUCUUCAAAUUUGCCAGCUUCCAACAUUCUCCAUUAUUUUAAUCCCCCUCCACUCUCUCUCACACACACACACACACACACACACACACACACACACACACACACACACACACACAAACCAAAGGCACUUUUAAGAGCCACGUCUGUCUUGUUAACCUGUACUUGUCUCCCUGUAUCUGUCCAUCUUUCUGUUUCUCUCAAUAGGUCCUACAACAACUCUUUAUUUUAACACACUUUCUGUCUGUUUUUUUGCUUUUGUGUAUAUUUCUGCUGUAUUUUUCCUGUGAAGUUAUGACACGGCCCAAAUUCAGGCCCUGUCCGUCUUGCCAGACUCCCAAUCAGGCAAGCAGGAAAAGCUGUUAUGUCUGCUUUGGAAGUCUGUCCACUAAACAAAAAAUAAAACACAAAGUGGUGUCUCUGGAUAGCCAGUGGGGGCAAUCUGUGGUGAACAGCAGAAAUACUGGCCGUAUAAUUGAUUCUGCCCGUAUUGCAGUGCGGAAACUUGACGCAGUGGGUUACAAGCCUAUUUUAUUUAUUGGCAAACAAGAUAAAAAGGCUUCCAAUAAGUGGGUUGCAGACAUAAUUACCUAUUUGCAGCCCACUCUUGUCACAAGAAAUUUUUUGGAGAAGAUGCAAAGGGCUUAUGAAUUUAUCUUGACUAAUGCAACUUCCACAGCACAGCAGCUGGACAAUGACAUCCCCGUAGCGGAGCAGCACAACAGCCCUAGUCUGGAGCAGUGCAACGGUUCCAUUUUGGAGCUGGAGAGCCUCACCGUGGAGCGGCCGGAGUGCCUCACCGUGAAACAGGAGAGCCUCACCGUAGAACGGCCGGAGUGCCUCACCGUGAAACAGGAGAGCCUCACCGUAGAACGGCCGGAGUGCCUCACCGUGAAACAGGAAAGCCUCACCGUAGAGCGGCCGGAGUGCCUCGCAGUGAAACAGGAGAGCCUCACCGUAGAGCGGCCGGAGUGCCUCGCAGUGAAACAGGAGAGCCUCACCGUAGAGCGGGCCGGAGUGCCUCGCAGUGAAACAGGAGAGCCUCACCGUAGAGCGGCCGGGAGAGCCUCACCGUGA